AUGGAAUUCCACAAAAAAGAAAAUCUGGCGCCCGUAAUUAAUGUUCACUUGAACGCAAUUCCUAGCAUCGAUGAGAAUACUUCCAGAAAAAUAACAACGAUUAUUGACGAAACAAAAUCCUGGAAUUUAUCCAGAAAAAGUAUCAUAGAUAAAAAACCACAACGCAAUUCUAGCAAAGACGCAUUAUGCAAUCCGAAAAAUUUAUCGUUGUCUUCAUCACCAGUAUCCAGACGACGACCAAUGUUAGCUUAUCGAAAUUAUCAUCCCACAUUGUGGUCUAUGGGAGCCUUUAAAAUAAAAAAUAUUGAACACAAUUACCGUGUAAAUAAUAUUAAAAUAUUCUCUCGAUCUGAUUUGGUCAACCUUGAUGUUGAAACUGUUGAAACAUCGCAUGGAAUUCAUGAAAUUGUAAACAUUGUGUUCGAUUGCCAAAAUCAAUAUGUGCCAGAACACUUCAAAGAUAAUAAAAAAACAAUCGAAACAAAUCGAUCAAAAAAACAAUUGAAUGAUCAAGCGAAACGAUGUGUGUCAAUAGCACGAGCCGAUGUGAAAAUUCGAUGUUGGUCAGAGCCUCGGCCGCCGGUGUCAAUCGAACCGGAGAAUACUGAUAUACGAGUGGAUGCAUUUGAGAUAGAUGCAGCAUGGGAUGAUGAUCUAAACGGAGCAUCGAAGCGAUCAGAAAGACCAAAAGAUGUAACGAUUGAACCGCCCUCAACGCACUUGGGUGGUGGCACUUUAACGCCUUUAUCCACAUCCACCGAACUAUCAUUUCCAAGUCCAUUUCUGGAGGCAACAAAUAGUUUUCUUAAAAUCAAGCAAAAAAUUUCAUCGCCAUUAUCACCAUUGAAAUCAGCGUUGUCUGAAUGGUGGCUGUCUUCAUCUUCAAGCACUAAAUCAAAGACUGAUGAUCAACAAUACACUUUUCAUAAAAGACCAUUAGAUUUUCCACGUAUCGAUAACGCAGAUGAUAUCACUGCAACGGCUAAUUUACGACCAACACGACCAAAAUCGAUGUUAGAUCAAUAUUUACCGAUAUUACCGGAAACGGAACCACAAUCAAUGUCAUUACAAUCGAUACAAUCAAAACAUGAACGUGACCGUUAUAAGUCACAGUCGUCAACAUCUGACAUCGAUCUACACGACCUGGAUGACGACGACCCAUAUUUUAUUAAAUCAACUGAUAGUAUUUUAGAUACGAAUAAAACCAACGAUUUUUAUGUUAGGAGCUUAUUUGACGAUAAUCUAUCGAAAAUUAAUACACCAGGGCCAUCGAGUAUUCUAGAUUCUACAUCUACAAAAUCUUCGUUGUUAUCGAGUGGUACUGGUUAUCGACCUAUAACCCCCGUACCAAGGGGUAAAACUUGUACUCAUGAAAUUGAUACAGAAGUGACAAAUGACUGUGAUCGUACAUAUUUCUGGCGUAAAACAGUAUUAGCACCAACAAAAUUAACAAUAAACACAGCCGAUUACCAUUUACCUCAGGAAGCUUCCGAAGAAUACUGUUAUGGUGGCUACGAAAAAGUUGAAAUUGGACAAACAUAUUUAGAUCGAUAUUUAAUUAUACGUAAAAUUGGUUGGGGACAUUUUUCUACAGUUUGGUUAAGUGGUGAUAAAUUAUUAAAACGUUUAGUUGCAAUAAAAAUAGUUAAAAGUGGUAAAAUAUUUUCGGAGACCGCACAAGAUGAGAUCUCAUUGUUACGUGACGUAUCGAUUGUCGGUACCGAUAAUAAAAAAUUUGAUUAUUUUGUACGAAUUUACGAUCAAUUUGAGUUUCGUGGCGAUAAUGGCAAACAUAAAGCAAUAGUUUUUGAAUUGUUAGGAUGUAACUUAUAUAAGUUGACAACAUUGACUCUAGGAAUUGGUGUUGAUAUGACUUACGUGAAAAUAAUUACACGUCAAGUGUUGGAAGGCUUAGUGUUUCUACAUGAAGAAUGUGGCAUUAUACAUACCGAUAUUAAACCAGAAAAUAUAUUGAUUGCUGGCAGUCCUGAAUAUCAUCGAAAAGUUGUUUUAAAUGUUGCGAAAUGGUUACAAGUUGAAAUGCCAUGGCCUAAACAAUUUGUAAGCAAUUGGAAUGAAGAUCGAGAUUAUAUUUUAAGUAAAAAAGUUAAGAAUGAUAUUAUAGAAUUCCUAAAAUCAAUACAUAUCUCACGAUGUAGUUGCAAUAACGAUCAAUUUAAUCAUAAUGAUUAUAUUAAAAGACUAAAUGAAAUAUUUAAUUCAAAUACUCAGUUUACCAAAGAUUUUCCACCGGAAAUUAAUGUGUUCCAUGUACCAUCACCGAAAAAUUUACGAAUUAAAAUUGCUGAUUUGGGCAAUGCAUGUUAUGAUCAUACGCAUUUCUGUGAUCAAAUUCAGACGUGUCAGUAUCGGGGUCCAGAAACAAUUUUAGGUGCUAAAUAUACAUACUCAGCUGAUAUAUGGUCGUUAGCGUGCGUCGUAUUCGAAUUAGCAGCUGGUGAUUACUUGUUCGAUCCGCGUGCAAGCUCAAAAGGUGAAUAUUCAUGUGAUGACGAUCAUUUAGCUCAUAUGAUUGAAUUGUUAGGACCCAUGCCUGAUCAUGUAUGGAAAAGUGGAAAAUGGUCUGAUAAAUUUUUUACAAAUGAUGGUAAAUUGAGAAGGAUAUCCGAAUUGAAUCCAUGGUCCAUAGCUCAAGUUUUAGAAGAGAAAUAUGAAUUUAGUGAUCGUGAUGCUGUCGAUUUUGCAGCCUUCUUAAAACCAAUGUUGGAUUUUGAUGCAAAGACGCGGGUUUCAGCACGUGAAUGCUUAAAACAUCCAUGGCUGAAUAUAUGACGACCUUAAACAAUUUUUAAAUUAAUUCAAUUAUUUCAAUUAAUUCGCGAGUUGACAAAUUUUUAUUACUUUUGGAGUAGAAAUAUUAUAGUCUGUGAGUUAGAAACACUUGAUUAUCGUUAGACGCCAAAAAACCUGGCAUCGAUAGAUAGAUAAGACCAGAACCCCACUUUUCCAUAUGAUUUUCAACCCUCCUAGUGAUAUCGAGGGGUGUUUAACCCCUCAUUACAGUUGUGGGAAAAUAUACAGAACCUAAACGAGCUGUCAAAAACUCGAGACGUGGCUUUGUAAAUUAGCCCUCCGAAAUUUUGUCCUCCAAAAGUGAUACAUGGGGUCGCUGCCCUCGUUAAAUUUACAUACUUUUACAGGGAAUACCAGUACCAUUCGGGGAUUGGUUCCAGCAGUUUUAGGUCUUGCAUCUUUUCCGAAAACUUUGAGGGGGGGCUAAAAUCUUCAGUAUCAUUCAGGAGAUUGGUAAUCAUAUGAAAAAGUGUGAUUCUGAUCUGAUCUACAAUUUAUGUCAAUGCCAGGUUUUAGGUAGCUGACGACAUUCAGAUGUUACUAGCUCACGGACUAUUAAUGUAAAAGAUAGAUUAAAAAUUAUUGUGAGAUCUACGGCCUUGAAUCAAUUCAAAUCCUGGACUUAUUCUUCUAAGAACAUUGGGCGAAAUGAUUAGAGAUUCUCAGAUACUGAAAAACGGUUAAUCAUAUUCGUCCAGGAUGUAAUAUUCAGAAAUGGGUCCCUAAUUCAACAUGAAUUUUUAUUCUAGGAAAAUUUUCGAAUUUAAAAUAAAAAAAGUUUUUAAACAAUUAACAAUCAACUUUAAAACAAUCAUUUAACAGACGUUUAAUAUAAUAAGCAUUGCCUCCUACACAAUGGCGUCAUAAAACUGUGAUUUAUAAGGUGAUCCAAAAGUACCAAAACUGACACAUAGAUGGCGACUUUAAUAGUAUUCAUUGACGAUUAGUAAUUCGUAUCAAUCUACAAAAGAUUCGAGUCAAAAGUUGAUGGUAUUUGGAUUAAUUAGUUCUAGAGAUAUUGUACGAUGGUAGAGAUCUAAACAAGUUGUUAGAGAAGGAUAGAGAAGUUCACAAGCGCCAUUCUGGUCAAUUUUAGAACUGUUACUUUCUGUUUUCAGCUGGACACUCUUUUACUCCAUAAUCCCUAUGUAUUAUAAAUGUGAAAGUAAGGAUGUUUGUUUGUUUGUUUAUUACGCCUUCACCCAAAAACUACCAAAUGGAUUUGAAUG